AUGUCAUCACAAAGAAAGAUAAAAAAUUACAUGGAUCGUAAAGAUCUCCUAAUAAGUAACUAUAAAGAAUUGAAAGACUCAUUUAAAGAAGAAGCAGAAAGAGAAGCAUAUGAAAAUUUAUUUUACAUAUUAUUAAAAUUAGAUGAAUUUGUUUAUGAAUAUAAUGUAAUAAAAUCAUAUUUACAAUCAAAAGGUGAAGAUUCCACUGAAAAAAACAAGAAAUUAUUAGAAGAAGUACAAACCAAGAUAGAUGAUAUUGAAAAAGUUAUAUAUUUAAAUGAUUUAUUUGAAGUUGAACCAAAAUUUACUAUUUAUAGAAAAAAUUUAAAUGAUAAUGCUCAAGAAGGUGGUAAAAUUAUUUAUGGUUUUGAACAUCAAAAUAAAAAAUUAGCUUGGAAAUUUCUAGAUGAUAGAAUAUUUGAAUUAAGAAAACAAGUAAGUUAG